UGAAUUUACAAAUCACUGCCAAACAGGUCUAUAUUCAUUGGGUAAUAAUCAUUAACAUUCUACUGACAAAUUAAUUUGCACUACUACAGACAAAAAUCACCUGUGACACUACAGGUUUUCUGCAAAUUACAGAGUUGUAAACAGCUCAAAGUCUCAGGACCCUAUAGACUUAAGUGAAAGUGAAGUCAGUCAGUCGUGUCUGAUUCUUUGCAACCCCAUGGGCUGUAGCCUAUCAGGCUUCUCUAUCCACGGGAUUUUCCAGGCAAGAAUACUGGAGUGGUUUGCCAUUUCCUUCUCCAGGGGAUCUUUCUGACCCAGGGAUCGAAGCCGGGUCUCCCACAUUGCAGGCAGACGCUUUACCCUCUGAGCCACCAGGGAAGCCUCUUUGUCUAUAGAAUUAGACAAACCAAAAAACUGUGCGCUAGGCAGGACACACACACCCCUCUCUUUUUUUGGUCAGUUUCAAAAUCUUUCAAGAGACUAAAAAAAGAAAGUAAAAUCCUCAGGAACUCUUCAUCCCAGAAACACUCGCUUUGAUUCUUUUGCAUCAAGGUUAAUUCGGAGUAUGACAUGUUUUUUAAGCAAAUGAAACAAAAUACACAGGUGCAACACUCUGGGACACACUGCUCGACCGAGUGGACCCUCGGUGCACACCUGCCCAGCGCACCCUGGGAGGUUCCAUCCAUUUGGCCACGAGUGGCUGCAAGCUAACAGCGCAAAACUUCGGGGAAUCUCUCUUGGAGGGAGUGGAGGGAAGACAGGCUACAGGUGAACGGUCGACCGUCAGGGACCGGAGAAAAGCUUUAGCCGCUGAGAAGCAGGAACCUGCUCAGCGCCGGGCCGUCGGGGUGGCACCGCCCCUUUGCUUCCCCGCCCACUGCCGGCGGGCCCAGCGGAGGGACGGGGCGGGGCGACCUUUGCUCGGUUAGGCCGGAGGGGCCCUAGCAAUUUCCUGCUUGCCACUCCCGGCCCUCCCGCCCCUCCCACCCGGACGGGCUGGGCCGGCGGCUGCUGCUGCGUCCACACCUCCGGCUGCGGUUUCGAUCAGACUCGCCCGCGAACUGGUUUCGAUCAGCCGGCCGGGCGGGAGGCAGGGCGGAGCGGCUGGGACGCUCGGAGCAAACUAAGGACGCGCGGCCGAGAGCGGACAGUCCUGCGCUGGAGACAAAGAGCGGCCGGAGGAGAACCGAGUGCGGGAGCGCGGGCGUGGCGGCGGUGGCGAGCGUGCGGACUUCAGGGAGCCGGAGCCUGGAGCGCUCUCUGGGGGUGCGAGGGCUAGAGAUCACCAGCCUGCGGCAGGUGCGCCACCCAAGAUGCGGACGCCGGUGGUGAUGACGCUGGGCAUGGUGCUCGCGCCCUGUGGGCUGUUACUCACCCUGACCAGCACGCUGACGCCCGGCUGGAGGCUGGUGAAGGGCUUCCUCGACCAGCCGCUGGACCUGGUGCUGUACCAGGGCCUGUGGGACAUGUGCCGCGAGCAGAGCAGUCGUGAGCGCCAGUGCGGCCAGCGGGACGACCUGGGCUACUUCGCCGCCGAGCCGGUGCGCGUGGCGCGGGGACUGACGGUCACGUCGCUGGCCGUCACGGGCCUGGGGCUGCUGCUGGCGACGCUCGGCGUGCGCUGCUGGAGGGACGAGCCCCACUUCGCGCUGGCCGGCCUCUCGGGCGUCGUGCUCUUCGCCGCGGGCCUCUUGAGCCUCAUCCCAGUCUCCUGGUACAACCACUUCUUGGCGGAUCGCACCGUCCUGCCGGCCCAGGCCAGCCCGGUCACGGUGCAGGUUGGCUACAGCCUGGUGCUGGGCUACCUGGGCAGCUGCCUGCUGCUGCUGGGCGGCUUCUCGCUGGCGCUCAGCUUCGCGCCCUGGUGCGCCGAGCGCUGUGACAGCUGCCGCAAGGCGCCCCCCAGCAGCGCGCGCCGCAGCAGCAUCAGCACCGUGUACAUCGACGGGCCGGAGCCGGCUCUCACGCCGGCCAUCAAGUACUACAGUGAUGGCCAGCACCGGCCGCGGCCUGAUCAGCUGGGCCCCGCCAGCCAGCGCAAGGCCGGCUUCCCGAUGCCCCGGCCCCCACCCAGAGCCUACAGCAACCCGGUGGACGUGCUCGACGGGGAGAAGGCUCCAAACUCCGAACCCGGCGGGUCUUCCCGCAGCACUCAGCCCUGCGGCAGCGCGCUGCCCUGCGACUCGGAUGUGUAGGUGGCACCCCCAGCCUGCUCUGACCCAGCCCUGUCUCACCAGGAUCCGACCUUCCCUUUCCGCUGAAAACCCCUGACUCAGAGUCGGACCCUGGGACACAUUCCUGUAACUGGUUUGGAGGGCGAUCUUCCUUUUCUGUGGCCAAACUAGAUUCCUUGAACUCUUGGUUCAAGUUGGGUUUGAUUUUCUUUUUAAAGAGUUUAGUGUUCCUCCCCAGAGGAAUCAAGGCCCUCUUCUGGAGCGACAGGCAUUUAUUUCAUACUUUUAGCUGGAGACGUAGAUAGAGUGACUUUGCAUCCUGUUAAUAAUAAUGUCAAAAUAAGCAAAUGGAGGCUCAGAACCGGUUUAACACCUUGAAACAACAAUAUUCUGAAAUGCCUGUGGACCCUGGAUCAGUAUAAUUACUAAUUUUUCCCCACUGUAUAAUUCAUUUUCAUGCAAACUCUCAAGAGACUAGUAUGUUUCUGGUUAUAUUUGAAGGAGGCUCUUAAACAUAGAGCCAUGCAAAUACCAGCAGCUUUAGUGACUCUUAUGGAACGAGGUAACCCGAUUAACUCAUAUUUACAUUUCUUCAGGUAUAAAGACGAUUUAUCCUUUUAUCACUCACUCCAGAGUUUCUCUUCUAGACUUCAGAAGGAGAAUGAAGGGACUAAUGCUGUAUUGUUCUAUUCCUUGGCUACCUCACACUGGCCAUAAAGAGCUAUAUAUUAAAUAUUUGGAACAAAAUGGAACCUGUUAAUCACAUUAGGCUAAUGUACAUGUGUAUAUAUCUCUUAUUUAUAAAUAAAAUUUGAGAGCAAGA